AUGUUGGUAUGUGUCGUUUUAACCUCACUCUUUUUUGUCUUCUUAAUUUCCCCAUCGCGCGGUCUUGAAGGGUGCAAAACGAUGUUUUCCGAGAAUCGAUGCAUAGAGUGUGAGGACAACUACACAUUAUAUGUCUCUCCGAAUCCGAUCAGUGGUGGUGUUCCUUACAUACUCUGUCGCGAGAACGGGAUCAUAACCAAUUGCAAGGAGAAAACGUCAUCGAUAUGUAUUGAGUGUGACCAAGGGUAUUAUUUAAAGGACAAUUAUUGUAACGAAUGUAACGAGAACUGUUUGAGUUGUAAUGACCAAGUCUGUUACACGUGUAAAGAAGGUACGUUCCUGACUUUAGAUCAGAAGGGGUGUACAAACUGCCUUGGAGAGAACGCAAGUCAAUGUGGGUUUUGUUCUGAUGGGUCGUACUUUGAUACCACACUCAAAAUAUGUAAGUCGUGCUCAGCAAAUUGCGACUUGUGCACGGACUCGACUAAUUGUUUUCAGUGCAAAAACAAUUACUAUUUGGUCAAUACGUCCAACUGCGUGGCUAUUGAGAAUUGCCUCUCGGAUUAUACCAAGUCGGACCACUGCGAGAAAUGCAAGGAGGGGUAUCGGCUACAAGCUGGCGGGUGCGUUGAAUGUACUCUUAAGAAUUGUUCGGAGUGUUAUAUCGACCCGGAAAACAACGAGAGGUGUUUUAGAUGUCAAACAGAUUUUGUACCGUCAAAUGGAUAUUGCAAAUCGUUGAGUGAUGUGAAUUGUCUAGUUGGAAGUGUUGUGUAUGGGUGUCAAAGAUGCAGUAACGGGUAUUAUUUAAAUAACGUGCUUGAGUGCGUCUCUUGUGAUGUUUCAUGUGGGACUUGUAUCAACCAAGCAACAAACUGUUUGACGUGUUCUGAAGACUACUAUUUCAAGAAUGGAGGAUCUGUCGAUAACGUCCAGUGUGUCUUAGUAAACAAGGAGACGUGUAAAAAACAUGACCAGUCUGGAUGCAAAGAGUGUAACAACGAUUUAACAACUGUUGGGUAUUAUGUUCCUCCUGAUGGACAAGAAUGUGAAAAGUGUGCUGAGAAUUGUACACUAUGUGAAGGAGCUUUUGAUCACUGUACAGCGUGUUCUGAAAAUUACAUAUUGAAAAGUGUUGGAUCCUUCUAUUCAUGUGUUCUUAAAGAUGAGUCGUGCGUGAAAGCUUCAAUGGGAUAUUGUAUUCAAUGCAGUGAAUCGUAUUUUAUCGGGCAAAAUAUGGGGUGCAUCCGAUGUGAAGAGUGUUGUGGCAGUUGUGAAGCCUCCGACUCGUGUUUGACAUGUGCUCCCGAGUAUUACAAAGGGUCGAAUGGGUCGUUCUGUAGUCCGUAUAGUCUUAUCAAUAUGACUUGUACACCAACAGUCACUGGAUGUGCGGGUAACUGUCUUCUUGGGUACUAUGCCGAAAAUUCCACGCAGAUCAAUUGCACUGCGUGUCCUCCCGAACUAGGGUGCGCCAAGUGUGGAUAUAAUGAGAAUAAAAAAGAACCCGAAUGCCUCUUAUGCGAUGAUAAUGAACACUACAUUAAAAACGGGAAAUGUGUUGAGUGUAAAACAUUAGAGAAUUGUAUUAAAUGUAACAUGAAGAGUGGGUGUGAGGUUUGCGCGGAUGGGUUUAAGACUGACAACGAGAGUAAGUGUGUCAAGAACAAUUUGGGAGUGAUUGUUGGUGUUGUGGUCACCGUCGUUGUUCUUAUAGUAAUCAUUCUGAUUAUAUUCAUCAUUCUCAUCUCAUGGAAAAUGAUCCACAAAAAUUCCGCAACGAAGAACAUCAAACCAUUUAAGGUAACAAGCGAGUUGGAACUCUCCUUGUUGGCCGCGGACAACAAAAAUUUCCCAUUGAAGACAAAGACAUGGGAACUUAACUUUGGAUUGAACAGAGCGAAGGCUCUUGUUGACAAAGAAUACACUGAAUCAAUUGAAAUAGCAAAUACAACCAAAAAAUCGUAUUUCUUUGAAAUUUUGGCAACACCAUCACAUCGAUACAACUUAGAAAUGAACCCACCGAGGUACUCAUUACACCCUGGCGAAGCCAUCACAAUCGAGUUCAAAAUAAAAAUGUUGUGUACGUCGUGUGUGACGGAUGAUAUUGGUAUUAUUGCUAUGGACAUCGACGAUCAAAACAAAGAAACUGCAAAGAUGUCGUUGAUCAUUGAGAGUGAUUUGUCGUUGAAACUGGAUCAUACAGACCUUGCGCCACAACUUCCGGCUAUCGGGGAGGGUGCCUUUGGUAUGGUGUUCCGUGGUACGUACAGAGGAAGGGAUGUCGCAAUAAAGAAAAUGAAGUCGCGAAACAUGACACAAGAACAAGAGAAAGAGUUCAAUCACGAAGUUUCGAUGUUGACUCAACUGCGUCACCAAUGCGUUGUCGAGUUUAUUGGCGCUGUCUAUACCGAAGGCGAGAUUUCCAUCGUCACUGAAUUUGCCGAGUUUGGUUCGUUGAGUAAAAUGUGGAACAAUCACUCUGCUUCAUACUCAUUGAAGGUGAAGAUAUUAGAUGACUUAGCAGUCGCACUUCAAUUUUUGCAUCAAAACCAAAUACUCCAUCGAGACGUAAAGGGGGAGAAUGUGUUGAUUUAUUCACUCAACCCACAUUCUGCAGUGUGUGGUAAAUUAACAGACUUCGGGACGUGUCGAAACAUUUCAGAUCGAAACAAGAUGAAUAAAGAGUUGACACAAGGCAUUGGCACGCCUAUGUACAUGAGUCCAGAAUGUUUACAAAACGAAGACUAUGGAUAUCCGAUAGACGUCUAUGCGUUCUCGAUUGUGAUGUAUGAAACUUAUACAGAGAAGGGCGCAUACACCGAUGAGAAGAUCUUCGACCAACCUUGGAAGAUUCCCCAAUUUGUUAUUGAGGGCAACAGACUUCCAAGACCAACUGGGAUGAACGAUAACUACUGGGAGUUGAUGACAAGCUGUUGGAACCAAGUUCCGGACAAGCGGCCAUCGUUUACAGACAUUUUGAAAACGAUAGAAGGAUGGAACGAAGAUAUCAAAUACGCUCUUUUGGUUGAAGGUAUUCGCGUUGAAAAAGAAAUAAAGAAAGCUGCUGAUGAAGCCACGGAUGACAAGAACUUUGAGAGUAAAAAGAGAGAAAAAGUUGAAUUUGACGAUAACGGCGAUAUGAAAGAGAAUGAAGAAACAACUUCGGAACAACUAUUAGACACGUCGAAUCAAAGCAAAGACGAGAAGAAAGACAACGAGUCAGGGUUAAGUACGGACCCUGUUAUUUAA